AUUUGGGUGAGUGUGUGCAGUUGAAUUUUUUGAAGAUGUGCCGUGAACGGCCUAUGAGGAUGUAUGAGCACCGCUAUAGCUGGUUGAUACUUUUAGGGUUGUUCCUCAACGCCUUACAUAGUGUUCUAUGCAGAGGGUUUGCUCCUGAGGUAGUGGGCACCAAACUGGGCCCAAGCAAAGGAGGCACGCAGAUUAGGGUGCACGUGACAGGAAAGGAACUUGAUGCUGUGAACCCACACUAUGUGAGGUUAACGAUUGGAAGCCUGUCAAGGCAAAUCGUUUAACUGUCAGCAAUGGAGGGAUUGACGACGAGUUUGUUAUGGCCCCAUUCCAAACUUCUAAUAAGGGCGUUGUUCGCCUAUCCCACUCUCUGGAUGGUGUCCACUACAUCAAUGCUGGUGAAUUCGUUUAUUAUGAUGGAGAACAGUUGGCAAAAACUUACUUCCAUUCAGCUGAUACGGAAGGUGUCUGGGACCUUCAGAACUCAAUAUUUCCUUGUAUCGACAUGAAAGAGCUAUUGUCCAUAUCCUUUACGCCAACCUGUGAAGACGAAGAUGGAGUUAUAACUGAGGCACGCUUUCCGAUUUCAUACGAGUAUGCCUGCCAAACUAAUGCCAAGUUGAGCGUACAUUGUGCUAUUGAAUCUCCAAGCCCGCCACCCAAUCCUUCCCCUCCAGAACCUCCACCGAAUCCACCUUCACUUAGCCCGUCUAUUAGUCCACCUCUCAAGUCCUCCAGAAAAUCCACCGAAUCCACCUUCACUUAGCCCGUCUAUUAGUCCACCUCUCAAGUCCUCCAGAAAAUCCACCGAAUCCACCUUCACUUAGCCCGUCUAUUAGUCCACCUCUCAAGUCCUCCAGAAAAUCCACCGAAUCCACCUUCACUUAGCCCGUCUAUUAGUCCACCUCUCAAGAGUCCUCAAGAAAAUCCACCGCCAGGAGGCCAGGUUAUACCUUGCAUCAUUAAUGCUUGCAUGAAAUAUCUCUGUCUGGUUUAGCUGGUUUUUGAAUCCCACCAUCGUUCUGUAUUAUUCUUAAGGUGGAAAUUUGAAUGUCUUUUGUGUGUUUU